CCCAACGCAGUCCAGAUGGGUCAUCUUCGUCCCAAAGCAAUUGGCCCAGUCGGAGCCGUCGCUCAUUUUCGUCCCCAACACAGUCCAAAUAGGCUGCUGUAAAUAUAAAUGAAGUAGCAUUGGAUAAGUGUUGUCUUAAUACCAGCAUCAUGUCAACUCCUUGACUUCUUCUUCUUCAAUCUUAAGUGAAAGAUUAAACCAGAUUCAUCAAAAUACAUCCAUUCAGUAUGGAUCCCACCGGUGCUGAACCAACCUCCGUACACCACGUGGUGGCGAUGCCUUUCCCAUUACAAGGCCACAUCAACGCCAUGAUGAGCUUGUGCAAGUUAUUAUCUUCAAGAAAACACAACCUUCUCAUCACCUUCGUUGUCACUGAAGAGUGGCUACACUGCAUCGGCUCCGAGCCCAAACCAGAUAAGAUCCGCUUCGCCUCUAUCCCUACAGUCAUCGAGCGUGCAAAAGCCGUUGACUUUUGUGGCUUCUACGAAGUGAUCAAGACCAAGAUGGAAGCUCCCUUUGAGCAGCUCCUUGAUCAGCUUCAGCCGCCGGUGGAUAGAAUCAUAGCUGACUUUGAGCUGCAGUGGCCAUUCGGCUUCAGAACUCGAAGGAAUAUUCCAUUGGCCUCGCUUUGGACCAUGUCUGCAUCUUUUUUCUCAGCGCUUCAUCAUUAUCAUGUUUUCACACAAGCUCAACCUGAACGUUUGCCGCUUCACUUUAUAGAUCACGGAGACGAGCAUGUGGGCGACAUACCAGGAAUUCCUUCAACACAUGUAGAAGACCUACGAACUGUGUUUCAUGAAAAUGACCCACGGGGAAUGGAAAUGGUCCUGGAAUGCAUUUCAAAGGGGUCCAAAGCACAAUAUCUUCUAAUUAAUUCUGUUUAUGAGCUUGAACCUCAUGCCUUCGACUCUUUGAAAGCAAUAUUCCCUUUCCCUGUGUACCCUAUUGGCCCUGCCAUACGUUACUUGGAAUUUGAAGAUGAACAUAGUUCCUCUACAACUACAACUGGUGACAACAGACCUGACUAUUUAAAAUGGUUGGAUCUUCAGUCUGCAGGCUCUGUCUUGUAUAUUUCAUUGGGAAGUUUUUUUGUGGUCUCGAACACCCAAAUGGAUGAGUUUGCAACUGCACUUCGUAUUAGUGGUGUUCGGUUCUUGUGGGUGGCUCGUGGAGAAGCUUCGAGGCUAAAAGAAAGUUGUGGUGAUAAAGGCUUGGUAUUGCCUUGGUGUGACCAAUUGAAAGUCUUGUGCCAUCCUUCUCUAGGGGGGUUUUGGUCCCAUUGUGGUUGGAAUUCCACUCAAGAAGCUGUUUAUGCAGGCAUUCCUAUGCUUACUUUCCCCUUAUUUUUGGAUCAAGUUCCUAAUAGUAGGCAAAUUGUGGAAGAUUGGAAGAUUGGGUGGAGGGUGAAGAGGUCAGAAUUGGGAAAUGAAAUUUUGGUGGCAAAAGAAGAUAUAUUACAACUCGUAAAAAGAUUUAUGGAUCUUGAAAGCUUUGAAGUAAAAAAGGCUAGGAAAAGAGCAGGAGAACUAAAAGACAUUUGUCAUCAAGCGAUUACUGAAGGUGGAUCAUCUCAUUCUCACUUGGAUGCAUUUGUUAAUGACUUUUUACAAGGCAAUAACCAUUAAGAAGUUUCGUUAUUUGUUGUCAGUGACUAGACGAGUUGUAGUCAUUGAACAAUUGUUCUUAAUUUAUGUUCAUUAAUGCCCGUUUGAAUAUUUGGAUUAAUUUUUUAUGAAAGUUUUUGCUUGUUGAACA